AUGGCUCGUUUCAACGCAUCCGCACUCCUUGCUAUUUUCUUCUUUGCUUUCUUCGCGCUGGCUGCCCCCGUCGUUGAAACUCGACAAAUCGGCAAUCUCACCUGCAAUGUUGCCCGCCUGAGAAUUGUCGGUGCGCUCGCCGCUACCAACAACGAUGUUAGCAAGAUCAGCACGGCGGAUGCAACCGCGGCUGAUGCCGUCACCACAGCUAAGUCUGGGCUCUCCAGUGCUGGUGCUGGUAUCAAGACCAUUGCCGGUGCUAUCUUGACGGGCCAGAAAGCGCCCGCCGCUGCUCGCGACCAGGUUGAGCAGGGCCUUACCGACGCCCAAACGGCUCUGCAGUCCAUUGAUGGGACUGAUCCCGCUGUCACCACCGCUCUGGGCAACAUGGCGAAGGCUAUCAAGGCAGGACAAGAUGUCGUUGCCAACUGCAAGUAA